UUUUCUUGAGAAUAAUAUGUCAAAGGGAAGCAACUUGUGUGUAAACAAACACAAUGACAACAAUACGACAGUUUACAUGUGAUGAUUUGUUUAAAUUUAAUAAAGUUAACCUAGAUCCGUUGACAGAAACUUAUGGACUGCCGUUCUACAUGCAGUACCUGGCCCACUGGCCUGAAUACUUCCAGGUGGCUGAGUCAGCAUCAGGCGAGAUAAUGGGAUACAUUAUGGGCAAGGCAGAAGGUAGCCAGGAGCUAUGGCAUGGUCAUGUGACAGCCCUUACUGUUGCCCCAGAGUUUCGCAGACUUGGACUGGCCGGCAAACUUAUGACAAACUUGGAGGACAUCUCAGAAAAGAAGCAGUGUUACUUCGUAGAUCUGUUUGUGCGAGUGUCAAACAAAGUUGCUGUGGAGAUGUAUAACAAACUUGGAUACAGUGUGUACAGACGCGUCCUUGAAUAUUACUCUGGAGAUGUUGAUGAAGAUGCAUUUGACAUGCGGAAGGCCCUAUCACGUGACGUGGACAAGCAGUCUGUGAUUCCACUGCAGCAUCCGGUCCGACCUGAAGAGCUAGAUUGAUACACCGCCCUGUACCCUCCCGCAUACCUCCCACAACGCUUCCACCCCCGGGCACCCACCCCGGGAUACAGUUACCAUGACGACGAAGAGAGUGGCGUCACGCUGGUUGCUGAAAUGCUAUGUAUUUUUAUUCUGUUUCCAGGUCUUAUCGCUUAUGCAGUUUAUUGGUUUUUGAAUGGAAUUUAUAAGUGAUUUUAGCAUUUUUGGUUAUUAACUUGUUGAGCUUUAUGUCGUAUUUUAUGUCGGUAUUAUUUUAAUAUGAUAUUUGUCUGAAUAUGAAGGUUUCAAAUUUGAAUGAUCUAAAAUAUAUUUUUGCUUUGUGACAAUUUUGAUUAAUCUUUUAAUUGAUAUACUUCAAUAAGGUUUUAUUAGGACGGUCAAUGUUCUAUUCAAUUCUAUAUCACAGGGAUGGUGCAGGGCUAUGAUUAGCACUAAUUGAGAUGUUUUCAUUUUAAUUCAUAUUUUCAUCAUGUUUUACAUUUAUAAAUUAAAAUUAAAAUUAAAUACUAUUCAAGGAUAAAUGGUAAAUGAAUAAUGCAUGUAAGGUGUGUUUUUUAAUAGCUACCGUAAGGGACGAUUUAUAAACAUGUUUUUUUUUCUAUAUGGAUAUUAUAUUGGUUUGCUUUUUAUCCUUACGAACAAAUAAACCAUUUAUGUUUGUGUUAUCCAAAUAAAAAGAAUAAAGUCGUCAUUACAUUU